GUUCUUUGUGAUCAGCAUACUGAUUUUAAAGUUGACAACAGCUGUAAUAAAACUAAGUCAUAAAUUACUCUAAGAUUUGUUAUUUCAAUUAAAACUUGUUUAGUUACAACCAUUACAUUUCUACACCCAAAAGUAAACAUUAAAUAUAACCAUGUCGGAUGAUUUACCCGAGGAAUUCGAUUUGAUAGUCAUAGGAACAGGCUUCGUUGAAUCCUGCGUAGCCGCAGCUGCUAGUCGCAUAGGUAAAAAUGUCCUACAUAUUGAUGCCAAUGACUACUAUGGCGACGUUUGGAGCUCGUUCAGUCUGGAAGCAUUUAUUAAGUUGUUGGAGCAACCCAGCAACAGCCUGCGCAAUGGGAGUUACACCUGGCAUAAGUCAACGGAGCAAGAGGAGCAACCGGUAACGAGUUGGACGCGCGAAUCUCUGCUAGAGAAGUCGCGUCGCUUCAGCCUGGAUCUGAGUCCACGUGUCGCCUAUUGCGCUGGCUCGCUAGUUCAAUUGCUUAUCCAGUCGAAUAUUUGUCGGUAUGCAGAAUUUCGCUCCUUGGACCAUGUUUGCAUGCUGUACAACGAGGAACUUGUUUCGGUGCCCUGUUCCCGCAGCGAUGUUUUCAAUACCAAAACGCUGACGAUGGUAGAGAAACGACUCCUGAUGAAGUUUCUGACUGCGUGCAAUGAUUACGGUGAAGACAAAUGCAAUGAGGAUUCACUAGCAUUUCGCGGACGUACUUUCCUGGAGUAUUUGCAGGCACAGCGCGUGACGGAGAAGAUAGCCAACUGUGUGAUGCAAGCGAUUGCCAUGUGUGAUGCCAACACUAGCUUUGAGACGGGCAUGCAGCGCACUCAACGUUUCCUUGGUAGCCUCGGUCGGUAUGGCAAUACGCCUUUUCUGUUUCCCAUGUACGGCUGUGGCGAAUUGCCUCAAUGUUUUUGCCGCCUGUGUGCUGUAUAUGGCGGCAUUUAUUGCCUAAAGCGCAGCGUGGAUGAUAUCAAUUGGACGGACAGCGAGUUGCUUGUGAGUAGCGCAGGCAAAACAUUGCGCGCCAAACAUUUAGUUUGUGCUCCGUCUCAACUGCCUGCCACAUUGGCCACACACUUUGGAGAAUCUGAACCACGUAUAUCAAGAGGAUUAUUCAUUACCUCCAAACCUUUGGGCAAUGAAGAGCUGAACAAAGGUGGCGGUGGCGUCAAUUUGUUGCGACUGCUGGCGGCGAAUGGAGAGCGAGAGGCUUGCCUUAUACAACUCUCACACUAUUCAGGCGCCUGCCCAGAGGGCUUAUAUAUACUGCACCUAACGACGCCGGCGAUUAGUGCCGAUCCAGCAGCAGACCUAGCUGACUUUGCAGCACAGCUUUUUGAGACGCAUGCCAGCCAGAUACUCCUCAGCGCCUACUUUACUAUAGCAGCUCCAGCUGCAGAGGGCAUUGCAAACGCUGACACGCCCAUUCUUUGCACAGCUGGGCCCGCCUACGAGCAGGACUAUGAUGCGGCUAUAGAGAAUGCGCGUCAAAUCUUUAGCCAGCUCUAUGCGAAUGAAGAGUUCCUACCGCGUGCUCCCGAUCCAGAGGAGAUUGUCGUUGAUGGCGAGGAUCCAAGUGCGCUGAAUGAGCACAGCUUGCCGGAUGAUUUGCGUGCACAGCUGCAGGAUUUGGAGCAGGCAGCACAGCAUAUGGACAUAGCGGACUAACAGGGAUACAACAAAGUUCAACAACUUUUUUAUUCAUCACUUUAUUGAGAAAACAAAAAAAAACUGAAAAGAUU